AAACACAACCCUGGUGGUCGGGAAGUGCAUUACAUGAAGAGUUUCCCCGUCGACUGACGGUAGAUUUUGGAGAUGGCACUUUCUUACCUUUUCGAACCUCCUGUGUCAGGUUUUAACUUCGAAAAUUCAACAAGAAAUAUUGUACUGGAAAAUAGUUCAGAUGAGGGAAAAAUCAAGGCACCAAAACCCAUGAAAACAGGUACCACCAUUGCUGGGCUGGUUUAUAAGGAUGGUGUAGUUGUGGGAGCAGACACAAGGGCCACCUCUGAAGAAGUAGUUGCUGAUAAAAUGUGUGCCAAAAUACACUACAUUGCACCAAACAUAUAUUGUUGUGGAGCAGGAACAGCAGCGGACACAGAGAAGACAACAGAUAUGCUGUCAUCAAACCUCACCAUCUUCUCCUUGAACAGUGGCAGAAACCCAAGGGUCAUCAUGGCGGUUAACAUACUACAAGACAUGCUCUUUAGAUAUCGUGGUAUGAUUGGAGCACAUCUAAUUUUAGGGGGUGUUGACUGCACUGGCAGUCACCUGUACACUGUUGGCCCUUAUGGGAGCAUGGACAAGGUGCCAUAUCUAGCCAUGGGAUCUGGUAAUCUGGCUGCUAUGGGGAUACUGGAAGACAGAUUUAAACCAAAUAUGGAUCUAGAGGAAGCCAAGGCAUUGGUGAGUGAUGCCAUCCAGGCAGGCAUCAUGAGUGAUCUGGGAUCAGGCAACAACAUAGACCUGUGUGUGAUUACUAAAGAUGGAGUGGACUACAUCAGACCUCAUAAAGAGUCCCCUUAUAACUUUAAGAGACAAGCAAAGUAUAAAUACAACCCAGGUACAACCCCAGUUUUAACUAAAACUGUAUCUCACCUGGAGCUGGAGUUGGUGCAUGAGACGGUUGAAAGGAUGGAAACUGUAGGAUCCAGCUGAGCCAUGAAAUAGUGUGAUACCUUUUUUCCAGUAAUGCUGAAUGGUUCCGUCUAUGUUUUAUUUUUUAUGUCUAAUUUGUCCUUUUUUAUUUUUCAUGAUUGUAGUAGACUGAAAAAAAGUCCAAAUAUCAUCAUCAAUAAAAUAUUACAAUUUCCAUCA